AUCUAUUAUUUAAUGAAAGUCUUGACCUGUGUCUCUCUUUCAGUGCACAUUCUCUGACACAAGUCAAAACCGAGUCCACCUCGGUCAUCAUCCACUCCUAUUUUAACCAGAAGACCCAAAUCAUCACUUGUGUUUGGGUUUUGAAGAAUAAAAGUAAGACGUUAAGGAUUCUAGUGACAUGACGAUGAGUAAAUAAUGUUUUUUUUUUCUUUGUAAAACAGCGUACAACAUGAAGAUAGUAAAUGAUUUAAGGUGACAGAGUUUCUAUUCUGGAGUAAACUCUUUCUUUAAAUAGAUAUCCUGACAUGAAUGAUUGGCACACGAGUGAGUCACAGUAUUAGUCAGAUGUUUUCAAAAGUGCAUGGUACAAAUGACGCGACAAUCAAAACAGGGGUAAUGAUGCCCCCCCUUCAAACACACACACAUGCAUUUAGACCCUUCUAGACAUCUGUUCAGUUCCUCGACUGACACCUCAUACCCCAUUUAACACCAACCCAUCAAACCCUUUAACAAAACAAAUCUCUGACCUCUGAGUGUGUCCAAGUUUCACAGUUGUCUUUUUCAGUCUUUGACAGCUGCCUGAUGCUCUGUGAUCUCCUGUACGGUCAGCUCAAAUUCUUUCUGUUACUAUGGAGGGUCUAAAUUUAGAGGGACGAGCUUAAAUUGCAGGGGGCUUGUGUUGGAGCUCUACUCUUAUAUCAGAGACGGCAAGACGAGAGGAAGUACCACAUCCUCUUCGAGACCCGAAACCACUGAGAUAUGGACCCUGUGGGUUUGAAGGAGGACCUGAAGCUCUUUCAGAGCACCCUGCUCCAGGAUGGUUUGAAGGACCUUCUGAAGGAGAACAAAUUUGUCGAUUGCGUUCUGAAGGUUGGAGAUAGAAGCCUUCCCUGUCACAAGCUCAUCAUGGCUGCUUGUAGUCCUUACUUCAGAGAGCUUUACUUCUCUGAAGAUGGGAUGGAAAUUAAGGACUCCAACAGGGAAGUUGUGCUGGAGGAGGUGGAUCCUACCAUCAUGGAUAUGGUGGUGAAUUAUCUCUAUUCCGCAGAGAUCGAGAUCACGGAUGAAAACGUGCAAGAUGUGUUUGCGAUUGCUAACAGAUUUCAAAUACCAUCCUUGUUUACUGUUUGUGUCAACUUCCUGCAAAACAAGUUAUCGUUGGGUAACUGCUUAGCGAUCUUCAGAAUGGGACUCGCCUUAAACUGCCCAAGACUCGCAGUGUCUGCCAGGGACUUCAUAGCUGAACGCUUCGAGACUUUAGCUAAAGACGAGGACUUUCUUGAGUUCGAAGCCCCUGAAUUGUUUGCUAUCAUUGGAUGUGACGCUCUGAACGUGGAGAGGGAAGAGGUCGUGUUUGAGCUGUUGAUGAAAUGGGUCAGGAAGAACAAGGAGAACCGAACGAAAGUUUUGGCCGACGCCUUCGACCACAUCCGCUUCCGACUGCUGCCGGAGAAAUAUUUCAAGGAUAAAGUGGAAAAGGAUGACAUUAUAAAGGCCGACCCUGAGCUUGUGAAAAAGCUGAAGGUCCUCAAAGAUGCUUUUGCUGGAAAACUUCCACCGAAAAAAGAGAAGGGGGAAGGAGAAGAUGGGGAGAAAGUGUUGCCUAGUUAUCUGAAUGACAACAAGAGGCUCGGUAUGUACGCCAAGGAUCUCAUCCUCAUGAUCAACGAUACGGCAGCUGUGGCCUAUGAUGCGAAUGAAAACGAAUGUUUCCUGGCGGCGAUAGCGGAGCAGAUACCUCGAAAUCAUGUUAGCAUCACGACAAAGAAGAACUUGCUGUACAUUAUAGGAGGAUUGUUGGUUGAUGAAGAAAACAAAGAGUCACCGCUGAUGUGCUACUUCUAUCAGCUGGAUAAACAUUCUCCAAACUGGAUAGCCCUUCCUCCUAUGCCAUCACCCAGAUGUCUGUUCGCCAUUGGAGAGUUUGAAAAUCUUCUGUUUGCAGUCGCUGGUAAAGACCUGCAGACCGGCGAGUCUCUCGACUCAGUAUUAUGUUACGAUAUUGAAAAGAUGAAAUGGCUGGAGACCAAAAAACUGCCCUUAAAGAUUCACGGUCACAGUGUGAUCUCACAGAACGGACUCGUUUACUGCAUAGGAGGAAAAACAGACGAAAAUAAAACCAUCAACAAGAUGUUUGCAUACAACCACAAGAAGUCUGAAUGGAAAGAGCUGGCGGCCAUGAAGACAUCAAGAUCCAUGUUCGGUGCCGUGGUGCACAAAGGAAAGAUCAUUGUGAUUGGAGGGGUUAAUGAAGACGGACUCUUAGCCUCAUGUGAAGCGUACGACUUUGGAACAAACAAAUGGGAGACGUUCGCUGAGUUUCCUCAGGAGAGAAGCUCUGUGAAUCUGGUGAGCACGAAUGGUUUGCUUUAUGGUGUUGGUGGUUUCGCUAUAAUGGAGAAUGAAAACAAAGAAUGCGUCCCUUCAGAAAUCACAGACAUCUGGGAGUAUGAAGAGGAUAAGAAACAGUGGUCUGGGAUGAUAAGAGAGAUGCGAUACGCUGCUGGUGCUUCCUGUGUUUCUAUGAGACUCAAUGCAGCCAAGAUGCCAAAACUUUAAGAACUGAAUCUUUGUGUGACUAUAAUUUUAAAGCGUAAAGUCUUGAUUUUUAUUGUACACACUUUGUGUUAAUCAGGAAAUUAGAAAAUAUUAUUUUUGUGUCCUUUUAUGAAUAAGGAAAUAGCUUUAAAGCAUUUAUAGAGCUGAAGAUAUCAAAUUUAAAUUUAUUGUU